AUGGAAGAAAUAGAGCCAGAACAUCCAAAACAACAUGAAACAAAUGGUGACACUCAACAUUCUGCAUAUCCACCAUCGACACUUCCCAGGGAAAAUCGGGAUGCAAUGGUGAAAUCUCUCUCUCAGAUCGAAGAGCUUGAUGAUAGUACUGUACAACGCAUAGAUCAUGAGAUACAAGGUGAUGAUACCCAGCAAUAUUCCACAAAUCCACCAGCAACACUGCAACAAGAAAUGCACAUUGUCCAACUACCCGCGGAUCAAAUAUACCGCACUCUACCCUCCAGAAAUUCAUCUUCGACCACCGAAAGAAUUACCCCUACUUACUUUGUGUGCUGCGAAACACCGGUCGCUUAUUUGUGCAUGUGGCUCUUCUUCAUCUUAGUCAUUGCCGCGAUCUUUCUCAUCAUAAUCGUCGCCAUUUUAUACCUUGCUCUGAAACCCAGGAGUCCCAAGUUCUAUGUCGAGAAUUUUACCGUUAGAAACCCGCAUUCUGCCAACAACCAAGACUCUAACCUCAAGUAUGAUGUCAACAUGAGAUCCGAAAACCCAAAUUCGCAUGUCGGAUUUCUCUAUCAGAAAGGUGGCCAUGCCGCUCUUUUUUUCAAUGAAGAAGAAAUAGCUGCAGGUGAGCCUCCAUCUUUCUACCAUGGAAAGAACCAUUCAGUCCAGUUUGUAGUAGUACUAGAGAGCCCUAAGGAUAAGUUACCGGAGGGGAUUCAAACAGUACCAUUAGUACUAUCAAUGCAUGUUCCAGUUAAACUGAGACUUUGGUUAUUGAAGGUCUGGACCAUUAAGAUGGGCAUUACAUGCAAUAUCAGAGUGGGUGGAUUGGGGGGAAAGGGGCAGGUUUUAUCAGAUGGGUGUCAUCACAAGAUUCAUGUCUAA